AUGGCAGGUCCUUCUAAUUGGCAAUUUCAACAACAAAUUAUGGAACAAUUUUUGGCUCUACAACAACAAGAGAUUGAUGACAUUAACAUGAUAGAGCAAGGUAUUGCAGAUUUAGAGGAGAACGAGCCAUCUAGAGUUUCUAGACGCACAUUCAUAAAUCGUGAUCGUGUCAAAGCGCACAACGAGCUUGUCAAGAAGUACUUUGCUGUGGACUGCAUUUACCCACAACGCAUGUUUCGACGCCGCUUCCGAAUGCGAAGGGAGUUGUUCCAUCGUAUUCGAGCCGACAUAGAAGUGGUUGAACCUUAUUUUCAGUUGAAAUAUGAUUGCACUGGUAGGGCAGGUUUUACAUCCAUCCAAAAAAUUACAGCAGCCUUGCGCAUUCUUGCUUACGGAAAUCCCAUUGACCGUGAGGAUGAAGCUCUUAGCAUUGCGGAGACAACGGCAACCGAGACUGUUCGUAUCUUUUGUCGGACAAUCAUUGACAUGUACUCUGAGCAAUAUCUAAGAUCUCCCAAUGAACGAGACCUGAUUCGAUUGAUAGAUGAGAAUAAAUCUCGUGGGUUUCCAGGGAUGAUCGGGUCUUUAGAUUGUAUGCACUGGGAAUGGAAAAAUUGUCCUACUGCUUGGCAUGGCCAGUAUGUUGGUCACUAUGGGAGGCCCACAAUGGUGCUAGAGGCUGUUGCAUCUCAAGAUCUUUGGAUAUGGCAUUCUUUCUUCGGUAUGCCUGGAUCGUACAAUGAUAUAUCCGUUCUUGACCACUCGCCGCUUUUCGACAGGUUCAUUCAAUGUCAAACACCAAACAUUCCGUACGAAGUAAAUGGAAGGAUGUAUCACAUUCCCUACUACUUAACUGAUUGCAUAUACCCUCACUAUGCCACAUUGGUCCAAACACUCAAGCACCCGAAAAAUGAGAUGGAGAAACAUUUUGCAAAAAAACAAGAAGCGGCAAGAAAGGAUGUCAAAAGAGCUUUCGGUGUGUUGCAAUCAAAAUGGGCAAUAACUCAGGGUCCGGUUCGAUUUUGGGAUGAAGAAACUGUCACAAAUAUUAUGAACUGUUGCAUUAUUCUUCAUAAUAUGAUCAUCGAAGAUGAGCGGCAUUUGAAUAUCGAACCAUGGCAGCCUGUUCUCGGUGAAGUAAUGCCAUCCGACCUACUUGAGCAUGAUGAAGGGCUGCUGGGAUGUUUCAUAUCUUCACGCAUGCAGCAAGUUCGUGAUAGGUCCGUCAAUGGUAGGCUUCGAAAUGACCUUAUGAUCCAUCUUUGGAAUAAUUUUGGUGGAGAGACUGCCCAUAUGUAA